CAUCCCACCGAAAACAUCGCCACCACCAAAUUCCGACAAUAAAAAUCUCAACUCUCGCUCACCUAAUUCCAUUUCCCGAUGGCCCUAGCACCGCCGCCGCCGCGCGUGCUGAUCUUCCCCCUCCCCCUGCAGGGCCCCGUGAACUCGAUGCUCAAGCUCUCGGAGCUCCUCUGCCUCGGCGGCCUCCACGUCACCUUCCUCGUCACCGACCACAUCGACGCCCGCCUCCGCCGCUACUCCAACGUCCAAUCCCGCUUCCGCUCCCACCCCGGCUUCCGCCUCCAGGCGAUCUCCGACGGACUGCCGGAGAAUCACCCCCGCGGCGACAAAUUCUUGGAGGUUUUCGAGUCCAUGAAGGUCCACACCAAGCCUCUCUUCAAGGAAUUGCUGCAGAGCGGCGGGAUUUCGUGUGUGAUUGCGGAUGGGGGAUUAGGGUUUCCUCUGGAUGUGGCGGAGGAGGUUGGGAUUCCUUUGUUUAUUGUUAGGACUAUCAGUGCUGCUUGCCUUUGGGUGUUCUUUCGUCUUCCUCAGCUAAUUCAGUCUGGGGAGCUUCCUUUUACAGGAGAUGAUGAUUUGGAUGUAAUGGUAAAGAGUGUGCCGGGCAUGGAACGAUAUCUCAGGCGUCGCGACCUUCCAAGCUUCUGUCGCUCAGGCAACGUAGCUGAUCCAAACAUCGAACUAUACAAGUGUGAAUCCACUAACAAUCCCCGAGCCACCGGUCUCAUACUAAACACAUUCGAGGAACUCGAAUCCCCAAUACUCUCUCAGAUGCGUGGCGUCUGCCCAAACAUCUACACCAUCGGGCCACUCCACGCGCAUCUCAAGGCCAAACUAGCCGCCACUGGCACAUCACUACCCGACUUCUCCAACAGCCUAUGGGAGGAAGACCGGUUCUGCUUGGUGUGGCUCGACGAUCAGCCUCCCAAGUCCGUGCUCUACGUGAGCUUCGGGAGCCUAGCUACAGUGACCAAGGAUCAACUGAUGGAGUUUUGGCAUGGUUUGGUGAAUAGUGGUCAGAGAUUUCUGUGGGUUAUAAGGCAGGAUUCCGUGGCCGGAGAGGGCCAGGUCCCGAUGGAACUGUUACAAGGGAGUAAAGAGAGGGGGUGCAUUGUCAACUGGGCUCCUCAGGAGGAGGUGUUGGCUCAUCCGGCCGUUGGAGGGUUCUUGACGCAUAGUGGGUGGAACUCCACGCUCGAGAGUGUGUACGAAGGAGUUCCGAUGAUAUGCUGGCCUUAUUUCCUCGACCAGCAGGUCAAUAGCCGGCUGGUCGAGGAGGAGUGGAAGCUUGGCUUCGACAUGAAAGAUACUUGUGAUCGGAGUGUGAUCGAGAAGACUGUGAGGAAUCUUAUGGAGGUUAGGAAAGACGAGUUUCAACGAAACGCAGCUCAGAUGGCAUGUUCGGCUAAAACGUCUCUCGGUGAAGGUGGAUCGUCCUCCUCUCACUUGGAACGGCUUAUUCAAGACAUAAAAGCUAAGAGUGUUGUGUGACUAAUGUGUAUCAAACUAUGGUAAGAACUUUAUUAAUAAAUUUAUAGUCAAUAAUAUUUCUUCGAGAUUUAUGCUGUAUUGCAUAAAUCUCGAAUAUCCCGAA